AUGUCAACCUCAUCAAGACCAUCAAGACCACCGCCACCUGUUCCUAAGCCAGGACAAGUGAAAGUUGUGCGGGCUCUGUACAGAUAUGAAGCUCAGCAACCAGAUGAAUUGACUUUUGAUGAAGGUGACACACUGUAUAUUCUAGACAUGAAGGACUCCAGUUGGUGGAAGGCCAAAUGUGGCAGAAAUAUAGGCCUGAUCCCUAGUAAUUAUGUUGAAGAAAACACACAGUCUGUUGAUCAUCCAUUACAUGAUGCAGCCAAGAGAGGCAACAUUGAUUUUUUGAGAGAAUGUCUGCAGAAUCAGGUCUCUGUAAAUGGACUAGAUAAGGCUGGUUCAACCUCACUUCACUGGGCUGCACAUGGUGGGCACCUGGAUUGUCUGAAGACUUUGCUGGAUGUUCCAAAUUGUGCAGUUAAUGUGCAGAAUAAGUUAGGAGACACACCCCUUCAUUCAGCAGCAUGGAAAGGGCAUUCAGGAGCUAUUCAAAUGCUGUUAGAAAAAGGAGCAAGAGUAGAUAUCAAGAAUAAUGAAGGCAAGCUUCCUCUUGAUUUGACAAAGGACCCUGAGGUUGCCGCUCUCCUUCGGCAAGCAGCUGGUGUCCAGUCAUCGAGAUAUUCAAACAAUGACUAUGAGGAUGAAGAGGAUUCUGACUAA